AUGACGAGAAGAAUCGUUCGCACAGCGACGCAACUCGGGGCGCUUGCUCUAUUUACCAUAAUCGUUCUGUGGUUCCUGGACAAUCGAUACCGAGUUCUACCUUCUGCGCUUCAUGAUUAUAUGCCAGCACAUCAUCCGGGCCUAGUGAUCACAGAUAUAACUGUCACGAAAUGCUCGAAAAUCAAUCUUUUCACAAGCUGCAAGCUGGAUUCGGAUAAAUGGCAUCGUAUCGAGAAGGACUUGUAUUUGGGACAGGGUUGGGUGAAUAGCGCUUAUAUGCAUGUGCAAAGGAAGAAAGAAGAGGAACUUACAUCGGAAGACAAGGUUGUUAUGGAUGUUAGCGUUGGGAGGCUGGAUCCAGCGACUGCGACGAAAGGCGAGGGCGAUGAGAGAUGGGAAUCAAGACCUGCUGGAUUAUGGCUGAAAAGAUCUGCAAAGCGCCACGCGAGUGAUUCGAAUAAGGCAGUUACUUCUGUUGAUGUGUUAUUUGGAGCAGAUGCUGUGGAUCCAAGAGAUGGAUGGGAGAUGACUGGUACACCAUUAUUGUUGGAUUCUUCCGGGGAGGUCCAAGAGGCCAGACUUAGCAUACGAAGAGGCAAGCUCAUAAUGCCAACCAAACCAACGCCUCGUAUAAGGGAUAAUGGGAAAUUCAAGAUCCUACAAGCAGCGGAUUUGCAUCUGAGUACAGGAACUGGACAUUGUAGAGAUGCAAUGCCUGAAGAUGGUGGUAAAUGUGAAGCUGAUCCUAGAACAUUGGAAUUCGUUGGAAGAUUACUUGAUGAAGAAAAGCCCGAUUUGAUUAUUCUUAGUGGUGACCAAAUUAAUGGAGAGACGGCACCGGAUGCACAGAGCGCCAUUUUCAAAUAUGCUGAAUUGUUUAUUAAACGCAAAAUCCCAUUUGCAACAAUUUUUGGUAAUCAUGAUGAUGAGGGAUCUUUACCACGAGCUCAACAGAUGGCAUUGAUCGAGUCUUUGCCGUACUCAUUAUCAGAAGCUGGUCCAGAAGAACUCGAAGGGGUAGGAAACUACAUGGUUGAAGUUCUUGCCCAGGGUGGCUCCAAGCAUUCUGCUUUGACAAUUUACUUGUUGGAUACACAUUCUUAUUCACCAGAUGAGAGAUCAUUUAAGGGGUAUGAUUGGCUGAAAAAGAACCAGAUUGAUUGGUUCAAGCAAACUGCUUCGAGCCUAAAAAAAUCCCACGAAGGAUAUUCUCAUAUUCAUAUGGAUCUAGCCUUUAUUCAUAUACCGCUUCCUGAGUAUAGGGAUGAUACCCUUUAUAAAGAGGGUGCGUGGAGAGAAGGCGUCACUGCUCCUGGGUUCAAUUCUGGAUUCCGAGAUGCGCUUGUAGAACAGGGUGUCGUAAUGGUUAGCUGUGGACAUGAUCAUGCAAAUGAAUACUGCUCUCUUUCUCGAAAGGAUGAUGAAAGUCCUGCUCUUUGGAUGUGUUAUGGUGGUGGUGCAGGAUUUGGAGGUUAUGGAGGGUAUGGAGGCUAUCAUCGCCGAAUCCGUCUUUUCGAAAUCGAUAUGAAUGAGGCUAAGAUAGUUACCUACAAACGCCUCGAGUAUGGAGAUACAGAGAAGCGAAUCGAUGAACAGAUCAUAGUUGAAGGGGGGAAACCGGUAGCUCCAUCUACAUGA